AUGACAUGAUGAUUCCGUACCUGCCUGUCGCGCAAGCAGCCACCAAUCACUACUCCAUUGACCUACCAGAAAGUUUGAGAGCAAUUCGAUCUUCAGUUAUUUGAUUCCCUCGGCCAAGGCGUCUUAAUACUGUCUAUAUUCCACUAUACUAGAAUCUUUCAUUGGCCGCUGGCUUUUAUACCAAACCAUCCAUUCUCCCAUAAUACCAUUGUCUAUCUGUGCCCAUUUGGUCUGCGGGCUGCAGGGUGUCACCUCCGAAUAACUCAGUUCAUUCCAUACCUUACCUUACCUUACGGAUAGGUAGCGGAAGAUCUGACACCGGCCUAUGUCGACCUGCCUGCCAACCUACCAAUAGGCCUCCUGACCAACAGAUUUGGGGGCUAAUGUAGUUGGCCCGGACGCCCAAGCCACACAGUAUCGUUAGCAAUCCUACGAAGUAGACAAUCCUUCAACCGUACUCCAACAAUGAGCAAGUUCGGCGUUAUGGUAAUGGGGCCCGCAGGGGCAGGCAAGUCCACCUUCUGCUCCGCCCUCAUCACCCACCUGACACUCAAUCGACGCUCUGCCUUCUAUGUCAACCUGGAUCCCGCCGCGGAGUCCUUCGACCAUGAGCCCGACCUCGACAUCAAAGAUCUCAUCUCCCUCAAGGAUGCUAUGGAGGAGGUAGGGCUCGGCCCCAAUGGCGGCCUGAUAUACUGCUUCGAGUUCCUAAUGGAGAAUCUUGACUUCCUUACCGAAGCCCUCGAUUCCCUGACGGAAGAGUACCUCAUCAUCUUCGACAUGCCCGGUCAGAUCGAGCUCUACACGCACAUCCCUAUCCUCCCCGCCCUCGCCCGCUUCCUGAGCCACACUGGUUCACUCGAUAUCCGUCUUUGCGCCACAUACCUCCUCGAAGCUACCUUCGUCGUCGAUCGAGCCAAGUUCUUCGCCGGCAGCCUCAGCGCCAUGAGUGCCAUGAUCAUGCUGGAGAUACCUCACCUCAAUGUUCUUUCCAAGAUGGAUCUCGUCAAGGACCAAGUCCGCAGGAAGGACCUGAACCGCUUCCUUACGCCGGAUUCCACCUUGCUAGACGAUGAUCCGGCACCGGGCGCAAUCGGCCGCGAGCCUCGCUCGACGACAGAGGACGAAGACGACGGGAGCGGUAACGCCCACGAGCGGGACCUAAUCAUGCGCGGGGCUAGCUUCAGGAGGCUGAACCGGGCCGUGGCAGGGUUAAUCGAGAAUUUUAGCAUGGUGAACUACCUGAAGCUCGAUGUGUCUGAUGAGAGCAGCGUCUCCGCCAUCUUGAGCUACAUCGACGACAUUAUCCAAUAUCACGAGGCGCAGGAGCCCAAAGAACUAGGGGAUGACCAGUUCGAGGAGCCACCAGAGGAGAGCUAGAUGCUCAACACAUUCUGAAGCUCUUGAGCUACACCGGCUCCACAGCCUAUAGUGGAUUUGUAUCAAAUGUUGGGCUUGGAGAAGAUCACAAUUGCAUAGCGACGGCGUCAGGAAGGUCAUGUUGUUCUCUUCUUUGCCAUCGUGAAUGUGGGACAUGGGGACACAUCACCACAAAACAAAAUACCAUCACGUCUUUUCAAUGAGAUUUGCUCAUGUUCCCGUAUCACGUCGUCCGUAGCUAGUUGUAUUUCGCGGCACAGGGCCUGUAGACCCAAGCUCUUCAACAGUCCAAUGCCGUUGAGUCCGGAAUCCGACCGCAUGCUUUAGUGCAUCGCGUCACUCCUUUAGACCCCCCGUGUUGCGGGAAGUAAUGCACCUCUGCCAACCAUCCAAUCUUUGUCAGUUUGCUUUUCCAUCCCUGUAGUUUACU